GGCGUCAACCUGAAGCAGCCUCCUCCUUCACACGGCCCUCUAGGCUGAGGCUGAGGCUUCGGCUUCGCGUCCCUUCGCUGCGCUUCUCUCCUCGCUCCUCGGCCCCUCCUCCGCCCGCCCGCCUCGGCCGCGCGGCUUCUCCGAGCCUCGCUGCUCGCUAGCUUCUCCUCGCUCCGGGGCCCGCGGCGGCGGGCUGGGCGGGACUCGUCUGGAGGGCUCUGCCCCGCGCGCGCGAGGGCUUCGCGUGGCCGAGCAGCCGAGCGGCGGCGGCGGUAAUUCCUGGUGAGUGGCUCUGGCAUCGGGCUUGUGCUCCGCGGGCGUCGAGUCGCAUUGCGAGGUGGGGAGCGAGCUGUGUGGAGGGCUGCCGCUGUCGCGUGGAAUUCGGGGCGCGCGUGCUCGCGAGCUUACUGCUGUCUGCUUCACCCCUGAUCUCGCAUGCGGCGUGCGCCAGAUUUCGUUGGGAUUGUUAUCGUGAUCUGCGCAUUUCCAAAGGAACAGGAUAAAGUUCAUUCUUGUUUGGUGGUUUCUUCUGGUUUGUUGAGCACACCUACCUGCCUCAAGUAUAGCUGCUACGCUUCCCUGUGGUUAUAAAGCUUUCAGGAUACACCUGGGAACGUUUGGUUACUUUGAAGUAGCUGUUGGAGCAUACCACAUCUUGGUGACGCAGGAAUUCUUCAACUUUCUGAUCGGAUGGUUUUGUUCUGAUUUUUUUUUCUGAAAUUGUGCGAUGCUUUAUUGUGAAGCCAUAGUGAAUGCAAACUCUGGACCAACUUGUCACAAGGUUUUUGAGUGAUGAAGAAAUGGCAUGGUGGCUUUGUCAUAGUAUCUAUGUUCGUCAUCUUGAUGUUAAGAUAUGUGAUAUUGGAUAGUCCACUUGCAGAAAAAUCCCUUCAGUACGUCUUCCAGCAAAACAGAACAGCAGAACUACAUUGGUUAGAUGUUCCAAACCCUCCUGCAAUCCAGAAUCCACAGAACUCUUCUGAAGUAAUAUCUACCAAACUCUUGGCAUCCAACCUUUCCAUUACCAGAAAUCUCUCUGAUAAAGAACUACAGUCUUUGCAUUCUUGGAAUCAUUUGAGGAAUCUAGUAUCUCAUGCCCAUAUCCUACCAGAUGGAGUAGCGGCAAUCAAGGAAGCUGGAGUUGCAUGGAGAGAACUAAAUACAGCCCUGGCAUAUGAUGAUUCAAUUGCUUCUGUUAAUGGCAGCACCCAGCAAAAGGACAAAGGAAAACAAUGCCCAUAUUCUAUCCGAAGAAUGAAUGCCACGAGGUUAGGGGAUAGGUUUGCUUUAAAGAUCCCCUGUGGAUUGAUUCAGGGCUCUUCAAUAACUAUCAUCGGUACUCCUGGUAGUCUUCUGGGUAAUUUUAAGAUAGAGUUAACUGGAGCUGCAGUUCCUGGUGAACCAGACCCUCCCAUUGUGCUUCAUUAUAAUGUCCGUCUUCUUGGUGAUAAACUUACAGAAGAUCCUGUAAUAGUCCAAAAUACAUGGACUGUAGCUGAUGAUUGGGGUUCUGAAGACCGCUGCCCAUCUUCUGAAUCGGAUGCUAAGGACAGUGCAAAAGUGGAUGAUCUAGAAAAAUGUAGUGGCAUGGUAGGCAAGGACCAGAAAGAAAUCUUGGCCUCUAAGUUUCGUUCUAAUGUUUCAUCCAUGCCACCUGCAAGGAAAAUGAGUGCAGAACCUAGAAAAUAUUUCCCCUUCAAACAAGGAUAUCUUGCUGUAGCAAUUCUUCGCGUCGGAGCACAUGGGAUUCAUAUGACGGUAGAUGGCAAACAUAUCACUUCCUUUGCAUUCCGAGAGGAUUUGGAACCAGGGUUUGUUGGUGAAGUAAGAAUUGCAGGAGACAUUAAAUUGCUCUCUGUAAUAGCAAGUGGUCUGCCUACAACUGAGGACUUUGAGCAUGUCAUGGACUUGGAAACAUUGAAGGCUCCACCUGUGCCUCUGGAUAAAUUUGUCGAUCUUUUUGUAGGGGUCUUCUCUACAGCAAAUAAUUUCAAACGCCGGAUGGCAGUUCGCAGAACUUGGAUGCAAUAUGAUGUUGUCCGCUCAGCAAAAGUUGCAGUCCGUUUCUUUGUUGGCCUGCACAAAAAUGAGGUGGUGAAUGAAGAACUCUGGAAUGAAGCACGGACAUAUGGAGACAUCCAGUUGAUGCCGUUUGUGGAUUACUAUAGCCUGAUUCUCUGGAAGACCAUAGCGAUCUGCAUCUAUGGGACAGAUGUAUUGUCAGCCAAGUAUGUGAUGAAAACAGAUGACGAUGCUUUUGUUCGAGUGGAUGAAAUACUUUCUUCCCUAGACCGAGUAAAUAUCAGCCAUGGACUUCUGUAUGGUCGUGUCAAUUCAGAUUCUCAGCCUCAUCGAGAUCCAUAUAGCAAAUGGUACAUAACCCCUGAGGAAUGGCCUGAGGAGAGUUAUCCUCCAUGGGCACAUGGACCAGGAUACAUUGUUUCACAGGAUAUAGCAAAGGAAGUUUACAGGAAGCACAAGAGGGGGGAGUUAAAGAUGUUCAAGCUGGAGGAUGUCGCAAUGGGGAUAUGGAUCAAUGAGAUGAAGAAGGAUGGAUUGAAUGUCAAAUAUGAGAAUGAUGGGAGGAUCUUGGUCGAAGGCUGUGAGGAUGGGUAUGUGAUUGCCCACUACCAAGAACCAAGGGAUAUGAUGUGCCUCUGGGACAAAUUUCAGAAAACAAAACGAGGAACAUGUUGCAAAGAGUAACAGAACUAACGAAAAGUAGCCCUUCAUCCUACGGUGGUGGCUGCUGUUGGCCGUUGCCUGAACCCAAACCGUGGUGGCUGCUGUUGGCCGUUGCCUGAACCCAAACCUUCGCGCAAUGACAAUCUUGACACAUCCCUAUCUAUAAGGACUUGCAGAACUUGGAAGGCUACAAAGUUUUGGAUAUCUUCCAGUUUAGUUUUGUUCACAGUUGGAAGAAUUUCAAGUCUAACUAGGGAAUACGCAUUGUAGACUAUGAUAGGCCACAUCUGUUUUUGGCGUAGGUAGGAGGGUAUUGCUUUAUUUACAGUGUGGCUACUUGUAGAAUAUCUGUUAGAAUGUAGGGAUACAGGGGCGGAAGGUUAUUUCGUUUUUUUUUGAUAAAAGUAUGCUAAACGCAUACGGACCUGUAUUAUACCAUACCAAAGACGUACACAAGACCGUACAAAUACAGGUACAAACCAUACGUAUACAGAGUGGAUGACUGUGCA